AUGCAAAAUUACCCUUAUGCAUCUCUUGUGGGAAGUUUGAUGUAUGCUCAGGUCUGUACAAGACCUGAUAUUAGCCAUGCAGUCGGUAUGUUGGGUAGAUUUCAAAGUAACCCAGGACUUGCUCAUUGGAAAGCUGCAAAGAAAGUGUUGAGAUAUCUAAAAGGAACAAGAAAUAACAUGUUGACAUAUCGAAAAUCAACACAUCCACAGAUGGUUGGAUUUUCGGACUCAGAUUUUGGUGGAUGCCAUGAUUCUAGGCAUUGCACUCUUGGCUAUGUGUAUCUCCUUUGCGGAGGGAUCUUGGUUGCGGAAUUCGUCUCCGAGUUUAAGGCCUUAAGUUUUGUUGACAAACCUUUAACUCUUUAUUGUGACAAUCAAGCUGCAAUCUUCUUCUCUAAGCAUGAUAGGAUAUCUAAAGGAGCCAAGCAUAUGGACCUUAAAUAUCUAUCAUUGAAGCAAGAUGUUAAAAGAGAAAAGUUUGUCAUUGAACACAUAGGCACUGAACUCAUGGUUGCAGACAUAUUUACAAAAGCAUUACCUCCUAAGACAUUUAAGAAGCAUGCUGAAAAGAACUUCCAGGGGAAUUUGGAAGAGGAGAUACUCUGUCGUGUUCCAGCCAAAUCUCUGAAACGAUUAAGAUAUAGUUGCAAGGAAUGGGACCGUUUAUUGGACGAUGUGGCGUUCAGAAGAAAACACGUGGAUAAAUCCGCAAAGCAGUUUACUUGUUUCAAGUUGAUGAAGAAACUGAGGAUUAGUGAGAUGAGCUUGAAUCUUGACGUUCAUCCUCCAUCCGUAGAGGUUAAAGCUGAGCUUAGCCUGCUCGAUCCGCGUUCUAGUAAAUCAUGCCUUCAAUUCGAUGUAGCUGAAGUAUUUCAUUGCGACGGCUUGUUGCUAUGCGUCUCCGAAGAACCAGAACCUAGAAUCGUGGUUUGGAACCCGUUUACUGGCCAAACCAGGUGGAUCGAAUCCGGUGGUGAAGUGGCCAGUUAG